GUUAUAAACCAAGCUACCCUUAAGGUCAAUUACACCUUAAUAGAAUCAUUAGAAUCUUUCUGAAAUUGAAAUUCAGAGAGAGACAAAGAAAGAGCCUGAGAGAAAGAGAAGAUGGCAGUUGGGUUGAUGGAGGUGCUCCUUGUGAAUGCAAGAGGACUUGGAGAUACAGAUAUCAUUGGUCGGAUGGAUCCUUAUGUUGUGGUGAAAUACAAAAGCCAAGAGCACAGGACCAGUGUGGCCAGAGGACAAGGUGGCAAUCCGGUGUGGAACGAGAGAUUAAUAUUCAGGGUUGAGUAUCCUGGGUCUGGUGAGCAGUAUAAGCUGACCUUUAAGAUCAUGGACAAAGACACCUUCACUCCUGAUGAUACUAUAGGUGAAGCAACGAUCUAUGUUAAGGAGUUAUUGGAACUGGGUGUGGAGAAAGGAUCUGCUGAAAUACAUCCUAAAAAAUAUAGUGUGGUUGCUGCAGAUAAAAGUUUUCGUGGAGAUAUCCAAGUUGGUGUAACUUUCACCAAGAAGGCGGAACAGGAAUAUGGGGGACAAGAAUUUGGAGGAUGGAAGCAUAGUGAAUCAUAUUCAUAGGGAAAGAACACUACUGUGGAUGUGCUUGAAUCUGGCUAUCAAGAGAAAUGGGCUGCUGUUGCCAGGCCUAACCAGCUUUGUUGUAGUGUGCUUUUGUGGACCUGCUGGCCAUUGAACCUCCUAGUUAAUCGUUUUCAUUUUAAUACAUUUGGAAUUCGUAAUUGAGUUGUAGUCUACAAUAUACGUUGUGCUUCAGUCUUCACAGAGGCAUUUAGUAGUAGAAUUAACAUUCAAGAACAUACAUGUCAUCUAGUAAACAUUAUCAUAAAGUUUAGGAUGUAGGCUUGGGGUGAGAAGGACCUCCAGUGGGGUUGCCUUCAUGUUUGCUAUUCCUGAACGCUCACCCAUGUCAACUGGUUCAUCAGAUGGAGUUGUAAUUUCAAACCCGUGUAGCAAAUGAGCUAGUGUAAGUUGAGUAACCUGAAGUGCAAGAGAGAUUCCUGGACACAUUCGUCUACCGCUUCCGAAUGGUGUCAAUUCAAAACUCUGGCCCCUAACAUCAACAUUCUUGUGAGUUGUAAGAAACCUUUCUGGUUGGAAUCGACAAGGGUCGUCCCAGACAUCUGGAUCGCGUUGCAUCUUUG